UCUUUUUCGGGCCAUUAAAAAAGACCAACAAUUUUUGGUUAAACGUAUUUUACGUCGUCGUCCCAUUUUAAUUGAAUAUCCAGGACCAAAUGGUUACUUGCCUUUAGCUAAUGCCAUUGCGUUUAGUGAAAUGUGCAUUGUCGAUGUGAUACUUACGUAUGGAGCCAGUGUCCAUGUGGGAAAUCCAAAUAAUAACCGUACACCAUUACAUGUCAUUUGUCUCUGUGCUACAGUCCUAGCUGCACCUCAGGGCUACAACUACAAUCAACAACAACAGCAACAGAAUGGCUUUUCAGUCAGUUUGCCCAACUUCAAUACAAAUGCCCAAGUAUCCACAACAACAAAAACACAAGAAACACAUGGAUUCUUGCAACAGGCAGUCAACUCAGGCAACCUGCAGCAAGCAUUGUUGGGUGGACAAACUGCACACAAUACACAACAAUUUUCAGUAGUUCCCAAAUUUCCACAAUAUCAACCAGCUAGACAGCAGAACUUUGGCUUCGCUGGAGUACAACAGCAGCAACAGGCUCCGUUGGUAGGAAACUUUGCAGGACAACAUCAACAGCAAUUCAAUGGAUAUCAACAACAGCAACAACAAUACCCAACACAAGAUACAGUAACUAAAGAUAUCUAUGUACAUGUUGCCCCAGAAGAUGGCGAGGAUCAAAGAUACCAACAACCUGCCUUGCCACCAGCACCACCACGUAAACACUAUCGUAUUGUUUUCAUUAAGGCUCCCUCUCAAAAUAUCAACAAGGCUGCUCUACGCAUUCAACAAGCACCAACUGAAGAGAAGACCAUCAUUUAUGUUUUGACCAAGAAACCCGAUCCCUUGGACUUGCAGGCCGCCAUUCAAGACGUUCAACCUAAACAGCCUAGCAAACCGGAAGUAUAUUUCAUUAAGUACAAGACCCAAGAAGAGGCACAACAUGCACAACGUACCAUUCAAGCUCAAUAUGAUCAACUUGGCGGCACUUCACAAGUAUCAGAUGAAGGCAUUGCACCCGUGGCCUCGGUAAUUGGUUCUUUAGAUGGUUCUCAACAAUCCGCUUUGGACUUUUCCAAUGGCUCCGGUCACUCUAGCACAUCAUCGCAUUCCAGCUCCAGUUUUAAUUCUGGCGCAGCUGUAAAUAAUGGCAGUAAAUAUUUGCCACCAAUUGUGAAAUUGUAAAAUUUCGUAAGAAAGUGUUAAUUAUAUUUUUCUUUAAUUCCAUAACAAACAUGACUGAUUUGCCAUUAAAUGCCACCAUAAAGAUUUCUUUUCUAAAUCGUCAUUUUCUACUCUUUCAAUUAAUUUUAAUUUAAUUAACAACAUUUAUUUACACGUAACGCAUCAUGACAAAUGUACCUUU